AAGAGGAUAACGGUGGCUGCUGCUACAUCGAGCUGCUGCUGAUGAUGCUGAUGCUGCUGCUGAAGCAUCUGCAGCGCUGUUUGGCUGCUUUUUGUUUCAUUCCAGAUGUGAGACACUGAAGACUGUCAUCAUCAACACCAGCGUCGAGGAUGUGUGUGAGUAUUUCGAUGCGACUUCAGAGCGGAUGGAUUCAAUGCAAGGAAUAAUCCUACCGAGGAACAACAUGACAGGCAUCCUGCUCCCCUGACGAUUCUCUCUGGGAUGCAGUCAUAGUUUGAGGCCGGACAUGAUUUUAAUCUCAGGAGUUGCUGUAGUGGAUGCGGGAUGGUGUGCGCCGCACCCCGAGAAGAGAUAUUGAUAAGGAGAACUCAGAUCUGUCCUUUGAUGCCUCUCAUCCGAUCCGGAUUUUUCCUGGACUGUGGCGCACACCUUUCAGCAUGGCUGAGAGGACACUGGAUCCGGGCUCGGUCAGCAUCCCCAUGGAGGAGACCAAACUCCACAGCGGAGCACCCCCAGAGGCACCACUCCUCACCCACUUGAAGAAGGUGGAGAACCACAUCACUGAGGCUCAGCGCUUCUCCCACCUCCCACGCCGCUCCGCUGUGGACCUGGAGUUCAAUGAGCUGUCGUACACCAUCCGCGAGGGUCCCUGGUGGAGGAGGAGAGGUUACAAAGCCCUCCUCAAGUGUCUGUCAGGAAGAUUCAAUAGCAGAGAGCUGAUUGGCAUCAUGGGGCCAUCUGGAGCCGGGAAAUCCACUCUGAUGAAUAUUCUGGCGGGGUACAGGGAGACGGGCAUGAAGGGCCAGAUCAUGGUGAACGGUCGACCGAGGGACCUGAGGACCUUCAGGAAGAUGUCCUGCUACAUCAUGCAGGAUGACAUGCUGUUGCCACAUCUCACUGUGAGGGAGGCCAUGAUGGUUUCUGCCAAUCUGAAACUGAAUGAGAGCAUGCAGGUCAAAACAGAGCUUGUGGAUGAGAUCCUGACUGCUCUGGGUCUUCAGGAGUGUGCUCAGACACGCACCAACUCUCUCUCUGGAGGCCAGUGUAAAAGACUGGCCAUCGCCCUCGAGCUGGUCAACAACCCUCCUGUCAUGUUCUUUGAUGAGCCCACCAGUGGUCUGGACAGCGCUUCCUGCUUCCAGGUGGUUUCCCUCAUGAAGUCUUUGGCCCAGGGAGGACGGACAAUCAUCUGCACCAUUCAUCAGCCCAGUGCCAAGCUCUUUGAGAUGUUUGAUAAGCUGUACAUCCUCAGUCAGGGUCAGUGUAUAUACAAGGGCACAGUCCCUUACCUCAUCCCUUAUCUGAAGAACCUGGGCCUCCACUGCCCAACGUAUCACAAUCCUGCUGACUUCAUCAUUGAGGUGGCGUCAGGGGAGUAUGGGGAUCUGAAUCCAGUGCUGUUUGAGGCGGUCCAGGGUGGACUGUGCUCUGAGGAGGGCAAGAAGAACUCCAGAGAUAAAAGUGACUCUUCCUGUCCCUCUCAAUGUCACAGUGACACAGGAACCCUUGAGAAACACAGCUUUGCCACCAGUACAUUCACACAGUUCUGCAUCCUCUUUAAAAGAACCUUCGUCACGAUAUGCAGGGACAUGGUGCUGACCCACCUCAGGGUGAUGUCCCAUAUUUGCAUUGGAGUGCUGAUUGGCCUGCUUUAUCUCAAAAUUGGAAAUGAUGCCAGCAAGGUUUUCAACAACACUGGCUUCCUCUUUUUCUCCAUGUUGUUCCUCAUGUUUGCCGCCCUGAUGCCCACCGUCCUAACCUUUCCUCUGGAGAUGUCCGUGUUUAUAAGGGAACAUCUCAACUACUGGUACAGCCUGAAGGCCUAUUACUUGGCCAAAACCAUGGCUGAUAUACCAUUCCAGGUGCUUUGUCCAAUCAUGUACUGUAGUAUAGUGUACUGGAUGACUGAGCAGCCUCCAGAAGCGGGUCGCUACCUGCUCUUUAUGGCCUUGUCCACAUCCACAGCCCUGGUGGCCCAGUCCCUAGGUCUGCUCAUAGGGGCUGCAUCCACGUCUCUGCAGGUGGCAACCUUUGUGGGUCCAGUCACAGCCAUACCUGUGCUCCUCUUCUCUGGCUUCUUCGUCAAUUUUGACACCAUUCCCAAAUACCUACAGUGGAGCUCUUAUGUUUCCUACGUCAGGUACGGCUUUGAGGGGGUGAUUCUCUCUAUCUAUGGGAUGAACCGGUCGGAGCUGGAGUGUCCGGACCUGUCGUGUAAGUUCCAGAAGCCAGAGGAGGUCCUGCAGCUGUUGGAUGUGGAGGAUGCAAAGCUCUACGUGGACUUCAUGGUGCUGGGGGUGUUCUUCCUGAUCCUCAGACUGGCUACGUACCUGGUUCUGCGCUACAAAGUCAAGUCAGAGCGUUAAGACAUCCAGAGGCUGAUGGAUUUGGAUGCUUGCACAUAUCCCAGCAGUGUGAGAUAGUAAGCAAACAUAUAGUCUCUCUUUCUCUGUCUCUUCUUUACAUACAUGUACAAAGGCAUUAACUACGAGUGUGCUGCACUACCAAACUGUACAGUAUAAUGUUAUCUUUUGGGCUUUGUUUUUCAAGAAAAAGGAGAAAGUGUUGUUCUACCCUCUGCCCAUUUUUAGUUCUCCUUCAGGUCAUAGUAUUUUUCAGAUCACCAUUACCUGUCAGAGAUAUUGUGUAUCAGCACUAUACAUAAACGAAAUACCCAACAAAGUAACAGAAAGCAUGUGUCUUUAAACUGAGAAAUUUGGAUUUGUUCUUAUUUGGCUGCCACAUGAAACAUGAGUGAAAGCCUCGGGGUUUAUGGGGAGCCAUAAUAACCAUCUUGGUGCAGAAGUGUCCAAUAAUUUGUAGCUUCUCAAUACAAUGCCUAAAAAGAUAAUCCAAGCCACAUCAGAAGUCCGUUCAUUGGAUGUACCAGGAACAUGACUUCAAGAUGGAAGCCCUCUUAUUGCCAUCGGGAAAUGUCGAAACUUUCAGUGCCGGAAAACGUUUGUGCGGCCUCUCGCUGUCCUGUAGGAUCAUCUCAUCAGGUGUCUUUUACCAAGACGCUGAACAAGAUGACUUUUCUUUACGGAAUACGACCAUGACAAACCGACUGCCAGUGGAUGGCUCUCCUCGCUUUCCAUCUCCAGUGUGAAUCCCUUUCGCAGGACCUUCUGCCCAUCGACGGUGGUAGAACGUUUAGACGUGGAUGAAAUGUUUGUGAAAAUGUCCAGCAGUGUGUCUUAUACAAAGACUGAUAUAGACUCACCCUGCGACCGGCUCUAUGAUUCCUUACUUGCUCCUUAUCUUAAUAUAUCAUGUUUGUUUCUGCCAUAACUGAGGAAGCAUUCGGUGAACUGGGAGCAUUAUGCUAAAGCAAGCAUGACUGCUGUCUCCUUCCUGAUGCAGAAGGCUGCUGCACGGACACAAAGGUGUUUUCAGUGAAGUGCAACAGCCUGUUCUACGGUUAAAAAAGUCUAAUUGUGUUGUUUUGACACGAUUCUUUGAACUGCUUGUUUCCACUCGUUGUAUGACUCUUUAGCUGCCUCCUUCCCAAGCUGCGAAAGGAAAUAACCUGUUAUUUUUCUCCUUCUCUUCUUCUGCUUUGCUGAUGUCUGACAGAUGUGUGUUGUCCAAAACAAUGCUAGAUACUUGAAAUGCUGGCUGGGCAGUUUUUGUGCCUCUGAACUAGAAUGAUUUGAGUUUCCUCUGCUUCAUUGUUUGCACAUACACCUUAUGUCAACGAACAUGCUGGUUCACAAACACACGCACACACACAUGCACAUAUGCACUCAGACAUAUACACGAAAACACACACAAGCAAAUACACUCUUGGCGAUGUUUAGAAGAGCCUCUCCUUGUUGCAGGGCAAUGCAAAUAUUUUCCAAUAGACUUGCUAUGAAAUAUUUCUUACUUAAACUAUGCUACUUAGUAAUCCUUAUUAUAAUGCAUAAAAUAAUGUGAGUAUAUAAUCAAUGAUUGUACAGUGAAUAUGUCAUGCUGUAAACAAAUGUACAUUUGCACUUUUCAAUGUAUGUUUAUUCUUUUUUAUUUAUUUGUAUUUGAUUUUAUUUUUAUAUAUCUAUGUGAUGAGUGCUGCUUGAAAGUAUAAUUGGAAAACAGCAACCGAAUGUUGCAUGUUCACAUUAGGAAUGAAAUUUAUGAAAUAUUAAAUUUCAGAGUAAAGCGUUUUCAAACGUUUUUACUUCCAAAUGUAUGUAUCCUGCCAUGUCUGAGGAGCUGCAAGUCCUCUGCUUUCCGCUGAACAUUUUUAGAAUAUCUGGAAUCGAGUGCGUCACUGGUGUAGAUUUAAAAAAAGAAGAACAAAGAAUCAGAAGUGAGAGAAGGUAACACAGGAAUGUGUGAAAUGUGCUGGGAGGAAGACUGAUAAUCAACAGUCAACCAAAUGCAUCAUUAUGUAGCUAAAGAGACUGGCGAUCUCUUUAGGAACAAACUGGAUCAGAGAGCAGAUCUGCUUCACUGUUCAGUCCUGCACAGACUGGAGGCUGCAGGUGGAGAUUUGGAUUCUGUCAUUAAUAGCAAUAGUCAACAUUGUGAUGUUUAAUUGUUAUACCUCCCACUGCUGUGGCAUCAGUCAGUUCAUAUGUCUUAUAUUAAGAGCUUGAUUUGAGUCAUUUUGUUCCGACUGGUUUUAUUAUGUGCAAUAACCAUCCAAAGGUGUUUUAACUCUAUGAGACCAGUUUCGUGAAGGGAAAAUGUGACGCUGCAAUGCGUCUGUUUUUCAUCUGUUCAUUGUGUUUUUGUUGCUUCUGUUCAGAAACUAAUUUGGUGGACGUGUUUACUGGAUGGCCCUAUUACAGAUUUAAUUACAGGGACAGAAACAGAAUCAAAAUAGUGAAAUGUACUGUAGAUGGGUGCUGGAUAAGCUAAAGCCACUGGGCAGAUGUUGCCAUCUGAAUGCCAGACCCCGUCAAGAUAAUUGGUUCUCAAUGUGUAGCAUGGGAGAAAUACUGGGUACAGCCAGUUUUACUGCCAACACAGCAGAUAUGUGUUUUAACCUUCCCCGAAUUAUAUAAAAAGCCAUGAGUUGGUAGUAGACCUGCAGGUAUGACUUUGUAUGAUGAAAAAAAAAAAGAAACGGCUCCAACCUCGGAACAAAGCAGGGAUAAUUAGUGUUGAAGUCAUUAACCAGUCUGGGAACGUCUCGGCCUGAGGUUGUAAGGCCCGUGGUACCAAAGAAGAAAACAAAUCAUCCUUCCUCUGCUAUGAAAUGUGAAGCGUGCAGAGUGAGAUUAUGUCGUUAAAUGUUCUCAUUAAUUUCCUGACCAAAGAGAGAGCUCUGAAAGGACGUCCAGUGGGAACCUCUGCGAUUUUCCUCAUUUCUUUCUCAUGCAUAAAAUGGCCACGCUCCUGAAGAUCUGUUUUCCAGUGUCCCUUUUAGGUCAGAAACGUGAUCAUUACUGACAGAUAUGAUUUGGCUCCAGUGGAAAAUCUGAUUCAGUGUAAUCAUGUGCAAGCAGUAUUCUGGAAGUGACUGUGUGGGAUGCAGCUGAUGAGACUAUGUACAAAAUCCAAAAGCUUUUUUCACUCUCUUCAACACUUUUUCUUUUAAUCGUGUCACCAUGUCACCUGUUUGUCAUAAUAAGCCACCUGACUUCAGUGCACUCUAUCAUGCAUGGUAAACAAUAAUAUGCAGGCUAUCCCUACAGAAAGCUACAAUUGUCUGAUCAAAAGUUAGUCAUGGAAAAGAACGCUGUUAAACACAAACUGUUUUUAGUUUUGUUCGAUAUCAUUUGUUUAUCAUUUACAGGUUACACCAUGGUUUCUCAACUCAAAAAAUGCAAGUUCUGUAUACUGAACGCUGUUCCAAGGAUUAUAA